UAGCCACGUUGGUUCAUAAACUGUCAGGCACGAUUGAAGCAUGCAUCUCAGGAUGUUUUCAUUUUUAAUAAUGUGGAUUUUUGUUCACCUUUGAUUCGGUCAACUACCAGAAACUUCAGGCCUGGUGUGUCCCUGCAUGCACAGCUAGACUUCAAAAUGGGCCUUCCCACAUGACAGCUAACUUCCUCACAUAUAACACCAAGCUUGCUAAGUUACCGGGAGAUACCGCCUCACAGGACCGCACACCCGCCCAGGAGCGUGCAAGCUCCCCGGUGAUUCUGGUAGUUUCCCUAUUAAAUAACUGUUCGCUAUGAACCAGAGGCCUCCUGUCGCAUUUCUGUUCAGCUAACCAGCUAGCGCGCUGACUGCAAUGUACAACCACACCACCUGUGCAAAGCUGUUAGCUUGCUAGCAGCUAAAUGACCAGCAGGGAAACGUAGCAUCCGAGAUAUCGACGGCUUAGAACCUGCAAAUAAAUCAACGCAAAACACUCCACAAACUCGCCAGCACGGCUCCCGAGAGUCCAGAUGAGAAGUAACGAGCAGCUGGAAGCAGCUAUGGAGAUGUGCGCUGGUGGGAGGCCUGUCGCAGGACUGACUGAGCAGGUGCUCACUAGUGGGCGUGGCACAGAACAGGUGCGCGACGGGAGGAGGAAAUGUGAAACCGGAAGUGUGAAGAGCUGGAAUGUUACUUUCUCGGUGUGUGAACGUAAACAAAACCUGAUCGCGGAGAGACUCUCACAGCAGAAGAUGCCAGAGAGGGGGAGACACCAGCAGAGGAGCGAUGCGUAUGCAGAGUACAGGAGCAGGGAGAGGGACCACUCACAAGAUGGAGACCACUCUCCCUACGGUGACAGAGGUCGCAACCAGAAGCCCAGAGACACGGACAAGAGAGGCUCUGCUGGUGACAGGAGGGCCAAACAAAACAGGCAGAGGGACAUGACAACUGCCACUCACAAGGAGCCACCUGCUUACAGAGACCACAGCCAAGACCGUGAAGGACCCUCCACACUGUCCAGAGAGACACCAGUGCUUCACUCUGAAGGGGAGAGUUAUGAGCAACAACACAGACAAGCUCUUUACAAUCUGAGAUACGUCUUAACCAGUAGAGGUCUGUGUCAGCUUAUGGAGUUGUUUGUGAAUCUGCUCAUCGUCAUCUGUGCUGGGGUGCCACAUAGCAACAACGGGGGUUACCGGGACCUGGCCAGCCUCGGCGGCAUCUACUAUUACCACUUUGGUGGAGCCAAUGCCUUCACUGGAGCUGACGCAGACAGGGUGAAGGAGCUGGACCGGCUGUUCCAUCAGCUCAAGCGGCCUCCAUACAUCUUCACCAUGGCCUGCGGUGGGGUUCUAAUGGUCUACGCCUGCAUCAUGCUCGGCCUGGGGAUUUUCCGAGUCCCUUACCGCUACCCGCCUGUGCUGCUGGGGGAGGCUCUGCUGAACUUCCUGAUCGGCCUGGGCUACAUCCCUGCCCUGGCCUUCUACUUCAUUAAGCUGCAGGAAACCUACAAUAAUCCCAUCUGUGAGGAGAGAGAGCAGAUGUACAAGAGCAAAGGGCACAAAGGCUUUGAGUGUCAGUUCCACGGUGCAGACAUCGCAGGUGGACUCUUCGGGGUGUUGGGGGUGUUUGUGUUCAUCUUUGGUACGGUGUUAGCUGUCAGAGCUUUCAGGUCAGUGCGAGAGCUAAAGAGGCAAAGGACAAAUGAGGACAAUCGUUUUUAAGAUGCCUUUUCUCUUUGACAUAUGGCGACAGUGGGAUUAAGAAAGAAUCCCUAUGAGAAGAAACCGUGUUAGGUUUAGUUACAUUAGGUCUUCACUUGCAGAAUCAACUUUUUUUAUCCACUUUUAUACUUUGAUGAAUUGUUUACAUUUUUAUUAGAGAGAAUACUUUUUUUAUUUUUUACUUUUUACCUCUUCUCCAGUUUACAUACCUGUUUAUGAUGUAUUUUUUCUCGAACUGUGCAGUAAUAAUAAACAACUCAA